AUGGAUCCAGAGCUGCUGCGGCAGCGCGCCGCUUUCCAGAAGCAUGCCGCGCGGACGAGUAGUGUUCAGCAGAGGCCGGCAGCUCCACCACCCGCCCAGAUCCAAAAGUCGUUAUAUGCCGAGUUCAGGGACACGAAAAAGAAGAAGACUACCAAGAGCGAUGCUACAAAGAAAGCUGAAAUGGAGGCCGCUGCGCCUGGGUCUCAAUCAAACGCUAUCAACUUUUCUACAAUGGCAAAAGUGGUCGACUACCUCAAGAAGCGUCACCUCGCCCGCCAGAAUUGGCCCCUGGGUUUUAGCGAGGUCAUGGAUGAGUUACAGAUCUACGGCCUAAGCAAGAAGUCGGAACUUUGGCUGCAAGAAGCACUACCGAAGAAUGAGAAAAUAAUUACGGAUGAGAAUGGGAAAUUUAGGUUUCGUCCAAAGUACAAGAUCACUGGUGAAAAGUCCUUGGUCGAAGUGCUGAAGGCGCAACACGAGAACGGACGCGGCGGGAUUUUGCUUUCGGAGUUGAACGAGUGCUUUGCGAAUGCAGACAAGUGUUUGGAUGCGUUGGUUCCCAGCAUCAUCGUGGUGCCAACAGUCAUCAACAAGCGUAAAGAUAAGGCUGUGUUCUACAAUGAUACAUCGCUGGAUAUAGAACUGGCCGAUGACUUCAAGAGUCUCUGGCGGAAUGUCUCCGUGGAUCAUUUGGAUGAGAAGAAGAUUGAGGAAUAUCUGCAGAAAAAGGGAAUUGAUGUGAUGAAGGACCUGGCACCCAAGCGCCUUUACAAUGGCCCGCCGAAGCGAAAGGCGAUCAAGCGCAAAUUGGACCAGAAGAAGGUGCACAAUCAACAUAUGGGAGACGUUCUCGAAGACUACGAA